UUCAAUUCAGACCGCCGUGUUCUUUGACUGCACGGAGCUGCGCGGACCCAACGGACUAGCGGAGUUCUUGCGAGUCGCCGUUGGCUUCUGCAAUUGCUCGCUUCUUCUUCGCUGCUUACUGGCCUCACUUUGAAACUUGCCACUUCCACUCCGGCGGAUCCCAAGCGAGAGAACCACAAAAGUGAUUAAAUAAUCAAGGUGGCAUCUGUGAACUUUGCAGCAUCUUUGGAGGAGGGCAAGCAAACGGCUGUCAUGUCUCUCGAUUAAUGAUUUGAACGCAAAGACUAGCAGGAAGCUCCACGCGUGACACGCAAGUGUGCUUUUAAACGAGAGAAAGAGCAUUUGGGGUCGUCAAGACUAUGUUGAUGAAGGAGUACCGCAUCUGCAUGCCCCUCACCGUAGAGGAGUACCGCAUCGGGCAGCUGUACAUGAUCAGUAAGCACAGCCACGAACAGAGCGAACGCGGCGAGGGGGUGGAGGUGGUGCAGAAUGAGCCCUUCGAGGACCCCGAGCAUGGCUCGGGCCAGUUCACCGAGAAACGCAUCUACCUCAACAACAAGCUGCCGAGCUGGGCCCGAGCGGUGGUGCCCAAGAUUUUCUACGUGACAGAGAAGGCUUGGAACUACUACCCGUACACCAUCACCGAGUACACAUGCUCCUUCCUGCCCAAGUUCUCCAUCCACAUAGAGAGCAAAUACGAGGACAACAAGGGGAGCAACGAUAACAUAUUUUGCAGCGGGCCCCGAGAUGAGGAAACGGAGGUUUGUUUCCUGGACAUCGCCUAUGAUGAGGUUCCGGAACGCCACUACAAGGAUUCAGAGGAUUUGCGCUAUUUCAAGUCCAAGAAGACGGAGCGUGGCCUCCUGCAGAAUGGCUGGAUAGACACGCAGGAGCCCAUCAUGUGCUCCUACAAGCUGGUCAGCGUCAAAUUUGAAGUGUGGGGCCUGCAGACACGUGUGGAGCAAUUUGUACAUAAGGUCAUACGAGAUGUACUGCUGUUGGGACACAAGCAGGCCUUUGCCUGGGUGGACGAGUGGAUCGACAUGAGCAUGGAGGAGGUGCGCGAGUACGAGCGCGACACGCAGGAAGCCACGAACCUGAAGCUGGGCACCUUCCCGCCGGCCAUCGCCAUCAGCGAGACGCCGCUGCCGUCCACUGCCCGCGGCGGGCCCAACAGCGCCCCAUCCACGCCUCUGUCCACCGAGGCACCUGAGUUUCUCGCUGUGCCCAAGGACCGCCCCCGCAAGAAGUCGGCUCCAGAGACCCUGACCCUGCCCGACCCGCACAGCCGGCGCGAUUCCCUCUUCAAACUUCCCAGCUUCUUCUCUUGGAACUCGGGCCCGCAGCCUGAAUGAAGAGCCGCCGCCCAGCGGACCCCGCCAGAGCCCCUCGGCGGGCUGAAGGCGUGUUUCGGCGUGACGGCGGUCUUAGCUCCCGCACCCGCCGCAGAACCUGACGGCACAACCCGGAGGUUCCCGAGACAGAGGCACAAAAGCCAGAAAGCACCGCUCGGCACGCUUGGCCCUGUUAAGUGUAGCAUACAUUCCUUACACACACACACACACACACACACACAAAAUUAAAUUACAGAUAAAAAGGCUCACAGAGACAAGCUCAGGGUGUGGAUGCUCACGUAUGUUGUGAUGGAGUCACAUGAUGCAUAUACUAUGGUGGAGACUUGUUUUGCUGAUGAAGUGGCGUCGUCUGUGUCACUUGACUUUGGAGGGUAAAAAAAUAGUUGUAAAUACCAAGAACGACUCGCUAUUCACAAAGAAGUCGAGACCGGACAGAAGUGUGCAAAACCUCCUAAAAAACUCUAAAGACCCUUUCAAAUCACUAUAGCUAGCUAGCAAGGUUUCUCUGCACCAAUAUGUUACCAGAUGCCGGCAAAGCACUACUUUUUUCAAGCCUCUCAUCUCAGCUCAACGUAGUUUCUCAACACCAAGCAAAGCGCCACACUUUUGUAGAAAUGAAGCUCACUUGAACAUAUUUGUUUCGAAUCAAGCACUACCUUUGUCUAAAUGAAACUUUGCAACUCACAUUAGCGUAGCUCCUCAGCAACCAGGUACCACAAGACGGCAGCAAAGCACUACUUUUAUUGCCAGGGAUAUGUGCCGGACAGACCUCACAAACUCUGUGAUAAAUUUAAAAAAAAAAAAAAACAAUAAU